UCCAACUCCAAUUCUCAAUCCCACAAUCUCUCCUUUCUCUGCUCGAAAAUACCGUCAUCUCUCCACCAUUGAACACCACCAACCACACAAAAUGCAAUAUACACCCCAAUCGUCACCCUACCUCUUCGGAGGCACACGCCCCUGGACCCCCUCAUCCUGGACCUCAACCGACGACCGCGUCCGCGGCGGCGCCUCACACUCCUACCUCACCAUCCACGAAGCCCCCAACACGGCCACUUUCCACGGUACCCUCGACAUCACCGCCCUCGGCGGCGCGGGCUUCGCCUCCCAACGCACAACCACGACCUCCCACGUGUGGGACCUCACGCCCUACGACGGUCUCGAGCUCUCCGUCCCGAAAUCCGAUGGCAAGAAAUACACCCUCACACUGAAGGACGAGCUGUUGCCGCGACGGCCCGACGGGCGCGAACGGAGCGGUCUUGUCUGGGAGUACGAUUUUCGGGUCCCCAAGGGAGGGGACAAGUUGAGGGUGCCGUGGGGGGAGUUUCGGCCCACGUAUCGUGGGAGGGAGGUUAGUGGGGUGAAGCCGUUGGAUUUGGGGGGUGUGAGGCGGGUGGGGAUUAUGGUUAGGAGCUUUUUCGGAGAGCAGGAGGGGGAGUUUGAGCUUGUGGUGGAGUCGAUUAAGGGGUUCAAGAAGGAGGAGGGAGAGGGGGAGAGUGAGGGGAGGUAUAGGGAUGAUCCAGAGGAUUUGGGUGAAGAUGAAUAUGAGUUCGAUGAGAAGGUGUGGGAUGAGAGACACACGAAAGGAUUGGGAUGGUUCUCUUGCUGCGGACUAUUUUGAAUAUGUGAGUCCUCGUAGUACGUCGCAAGGACGUACGAAAAGCCAACUGGACAAAAUGCACACGAAUGAAUUUCAAAUCUAAC